CUACAUUUAUCAAUAAGACAUUAGAUUAAAAAAAUAGUAUUCAUUUAUGUUAAGUUUUCCAUAAGAACAACAUGUAUUUUUUUUUCACAGAUAACAAUUUAUUAUCUAACUCAAAAAUGGACAUCCGUUCAUUUUAUUCAAGGGUAAAUGUUAAGGCCCAGAAGGCUGAUAAUUCAAAAGAGCAGCAAAAAGAAAAAAGUCAGCCUGGUCCGUCUUCUUCCAUUGAGGAGUGUGAAGAGCUUGAGAAGGAUGACGUUGAAUAUGACACUGCUGAAACACUAUCAGAUGAUGAACCUUCAUUGCAGGUUGAGGACGCAAGCACCUCCUCACAAAUCAUUAUUCAACACAGUGCUUAUGAAGAGCAAUGCAGUGAAGCUGAACAGCCACAGAGUGCACAAACAUCUGCUAGCAUUGAAAAAACAAAGGUACAAGGACCAGAUGAUAUCAGCCAGUGUGCUAGUGAAGGGCCAAGACAGCCUGUAUUAAAAAAAUACCCUCAGAAACAAAUGGGGGCACGCUUAAGGUCAUUCCGUCCACAGUGGUUUGGAGCGUUUGAAUGGUUGGAAUAUUCGUUGUCCCAGGAUGCUGCAUACUGUUUCCCGUGUCGUUUUUUUUCAACAUCAAAAUAUGUCCAUGGGCAUUCUAAAAAAGUACCGUUUGUCAAUAUAGGGUACAAAAACUGGAAAAAUGCACUUGAAACAGGUAAAGGAAUAAUACAGCAUGCAAAGUCUGCUUCACACAAAGAUUGCCAUGUCAGAUGGGAGGAUUUCAAAAGGAGUGUAAGCCAGGAUACAUCCAUCCUGAAAGAUCUCACUAAAGCUCAUACACGAGAGGUCAAUGAGAAUAGACAUUACAUAAAGACAAUUGCCCAAGUUUUGUUGCUAACAGCCAAGACUAAAAUUGCCCAGCGAGGGCAUCGGUGCAGCUCAGACUAUGUCAAUCAUGGAAAUGUGCGUGAAAUUCUCUAUUUAAUUGCAGAAAAAGACAGCGUUGUAAAAAAAAAAAUGACAGGACCUAGGAAUGCAACAUAUCUGCAUCCAACUAUCCAGAAUGAACUUCUGUCCAUUAUGGCUGAUCUUGUUAGAGAAGGCAUCGCACAGAGCAUUAAAGGGAGUCCCUUUUCCAUCAUUGCGGAUGAAACUAAGGAUCUGAGUAAAUCAGAACAACUGUCUGUUGUAGUCCAAUUUUUUCAUGAUAAGAUGGUCCAUGAACGGUUCUUACAAUUCUACAGAGCAGAUAGCCUUGAUGCUGAAUCUCUAACAGGCUACAUAUUCCAGGUCCUAGCAUCUCUAGGUAUUGAUAAAAAUGAUUGUGUUGGACAAGGCUAUGAUGGAGCCUCUGUAAUGAGUGGCCGGCUUAAUGGCGUGCAAGCACGCAUUAAAAAGGAGGUGCCUUGUGCACUUUACAUUCAUUGCAUGAGUCACCGCCUCAACCUGGUAAUCGUGGACACUGUGAAGAAUGUACAGGCAGCAAAUGAAUUUUUUGUAAAACUCGAAAAGCUAUAUGUGUUUUGCAGUACAUCUGUUGUUCACUCUGUGUUUGCUAAUGUGCAACAAGAAAUGUCAGGCAAACCAGCUAUCCAGCUUAAACAAUUAAGUGACACAAGGUGGACAUGCCAACAUGCAGCCUGCAAUGCUGUUCUUAAAACGCUUGGCCCUCUGUUGGAAACUCUCAAUAUUUUGGCAGAAGGGAACCAUACUGAGAGAGCAGUUGAGGCAAAAUCCAUUCACCGGUUCAUUGAUUUCGGCUUCAUUCUGGCACUGGUGUUUUUUGAGAACAUACUAAAAAGGACCCAGACACUCUCUAACAUGUUACAAGCCAAAGAUAUUGACUUGGCAUCAGCUGUCCUUCUUGUGCAAACAAUUAUACAAGAGCUUGAAGAAGUGCGCAAUCCAGAGAGGAGACCUGAAGCUAAUUCUGGAACAAUAGAAAGUGUCUGGACAGAAGGAAUCCAACUGAGCAUCAAGUGUGGAAUAUCAGCACCAAAUGAUGAUUCUACCGAACCGCCUUCCAAGAAGCGAGAUCGUCGGCUUCCUCUCAACUUAAGAAAUGCCUUCAUUUUGGAAACUGUAGGGCAUCGAAAACAACUGCUCAAAAAAGACGAUUUCAUUCAAAUGUUCAUGUAUGUUGUUCUUGACAGAAUAAUUUCAGAGCUAAAAUCUCGAUUUUCAAAAGAUUGUCUGGAAAUCAUGGAAGGCGUACAGUCUCUGAAUCCUCGAUCAGAUUCAUUUCUUAAUUUUGAAAAAUUGCUACCAAUGGCCAAAUUCUACUCCUGCAACAUAGAAAACUUGGAGAUUGAGCUGAAACAGGCAAUGCUAACCCUACACAGAAAAAAAUCUUCAGAUGCCAUUAAGGUGGACACAAUUCUUGAGUUCACUAACUUUCUGGAGCCUUACUCUAUUCCAUUUCUUGAACUUUAUCGGCUAUGUAAAAUAGCUUGUGUUUUGCCAGUCAGUAGUGCCUCAUGUGAAAGAAGCUUUUCUGCACUAAAGUUAAUAAAAUCAUUCCUACGCACAACAAUGACUGAGGAAAGGCUUACAGAUCUUGCCACAUUGUCAAUUGAGGCCAGACUUGCAUCCCAAAUAAAUAUGGAACUUGUAGUUAGCAGGUUUGCAUCAAUCCAUAAGAAUUCACGUUUAAGCCUAUAUUAGCGUGAACGACAAAAUUUAGGUUACAUUUUUUUAUGCUGUGCACUUUAAAAGCAUAUUUGUUGUGACGUUGCACUUUAUUUUACGUGCACUUGUUUCCCUAUUUAAGAAUUGCUAUUUGAAAGUUCGAUAUUUAGAGUUAAAGGGACACUAUAGGGUCAGGAAUACCAACUGGUUAAUUUUAUUCUCCUCUGUCUGUCCUAUGAGGCUACAGGACCCCUUACCCUCUGUAUGGACAGUGCUGAUUGGCCCUGUGCUGAUCACAUGCACCCUCCCAAGAAAAAAAAAACCUCUCUAGCAAUACACACCAAACUGAGCAUGUACAGCUUGCCCCAAGACUGUACUAUCAGAAGUUGAAUUGGGGACUGUGAAAGAAGGGGAGAAUCAGAGAAGAUUAACAGCCUUUUUACACAAUGCAGAGGUUUAACCCCUUAGGCUUCAAAGCGAGUAUAACAAGCAUGCUUUACUGCAUAUACAGACUGAUUUUACUGUUGUGGGUUUAGGAACAAUUAAGCUCAAGUUGUUCUGGUGACUAUAGUGUCCCUUUAACAAAAAUAGUUACAAUUAUUGUUGUUCAUUUAUAUAACUAUAGCUUGAAUAUGUUUUGGUACAUUCCUGGAAAAAUUAUGAUUAUUAAUGCCUAUGCUUCAAAAUAGGUAUUGCAGUUCAUUUUGCAAUGUUUACCAUUAUGCCGUUUAAUAGUGUUUUUUUGUAGGGGAUUUUAAAUUAUUAUGUACAUUUCAACUAUAGACUUAAAAAAUAGCAUUAUGAAAGGCCAAACAUUCUUAGUAGUUUUUCAUGGAAGUAGGGCUAAAUCGGCUUUUUUAACAGGACAAGCCAGCUCAUUAUAGUUGGCCCUUCAUAAUGCAAAUUUUUGGCUAUGGCUAUGGGUCACGUUAAAGGGACUCUCCAGCUUCCUUCUCGGAAGUAUGCCUAGGCACUUUUUUGCUACUUGAUAAAUGUCCGCAGUUGGACUGAAAUGUUGACGUCCAAGUGUAUUGUAUGUUGCACAAAUAAAACAAAUGUGAAUUUGUAAC